AUGGUGGAUAGCGCUGCAUUGCAGAGCGAUAUCAAUGCAGCAGCUGAAUGGAGUGUAGAAAACCGGCUGCCUUUUAAUACAGCAAAAUGCAAGGUCAUUACCUUCUCACGUAAGCGCUCGCCACUUUUAGCCGAUUAUAGCCUGGGGAACGUUGGUUUGGAAAGAGUUCAGGAAAUUAGGGACCUAGGUUUAGUCUUAGAUACUAAACUGGAUUUCCAUAAAUACGUAACUGGUAUUUGUAAGCAGGCUAGUAAAACCCUAGGUUUCGUCAUGAGGGCGUCGAAGCAGUUCCAUGUCGGAGUCGCUGUGGUUCUAUACAGUGCCUAUGUCCGUAGUAGGUUGGAAUAUGGGGCUGUUAUUUGGGAUCCCUACGAGGCUAAAUACUCCUUGAUGGUGGAAAGAGUACAGCGUAAAUUCGCCCGCUGGUUGUAUCGCAAAGCCUACGGGUAUUAUCCAUACCUGUACCCUUCAUUGUUUGUCUCUGGGAUGGUUGGGCUAGACACGCUUCGGAUGAGGAGGAAGUUGUUGUUGUUAGUCCACUAUCUUUCUAUCGUACACCACAGAGUGGACUGCCCAGCUGUGCUAGAGAGGAUCAGAUUGGUGGUUCCGGUGAGAGUCCCCCAGGAUAUGAACUGCGUGGCGGUGGCGCCGCGCCGCCGGCCGGGCCUGUUGCAGCGCGUGUCCGCGCGCACAAUAUCUUUACUGCACUUAAUGCUCACUCAGUACGAGGAGGCUGACUUAUACUUUAUUUAG